AUGUCCACCGACAAGGUUUUCUCCCUCGAGGGCAGGGGCCUGAAGCUCACGACUGCCGAGGACAUCGAGCCGCAUAUCAAGGCGUUGAAGGAGAACAGCAGUGUCGACGAAGUGAGGUUUCUCGGCAACACACUGGGCGUCGAGGCUUGCGAGGCUCUGGCAAAGGUUCUGGAGACUAAGAAGAACCUCAAGGUCGCAAACUUCGCCGACAUCUUCACAGGCCGUCUCCUCUCUGAGAUUCCACCUGCGCUCCAGCAUCUCGUAAACGCUUUCCUCACAUUACCGAACCUCCACACCGUCGACCUCUGCGACAACGCCUUCGGUCUCAACACCGUCGCGCCCCUGGUCGACUUUCUCUCCGCGCACACACCCCUCCGCUUCCUUUACCUGAACAACAAUGGCAUGGGUCCCGCCGCUGGUGUCCUGCUUGCCGAUGCCCUUACAGCGCUGGCUGGCAAGAAGGAGGCUGCGCGCAAAGAAGGCAACGAGGUUCCCGACCUCGAGCUCGUAAUCUGCGGCCGCAACCGUCUGGAGAACGGCAGCAUGGCAGCCUGGGCCAAAGCCUACGCCGCCAACAAAGGUGUCAAGACCAUCAAGAUGACCCAGAACGGCAUCCGCCAGGAGGGAAUCACACACCUGCUCACACACGGCAUCGCGCAUCUCUCCCAGCUCGAGACCCUCGACCUGCAAGACAACACAUUCACAGCCAUGGGCGGCAAAGCCUUGAGCAACGUCAUCUCCAACUGGCCCUCGCUGCGUGAACUCGGCGUCGGCGACUGUCUGCUCUCGGGCCGCGGCGGCAUCGCGCUCGCCAACGCCCUGCAGAAGGGCCACAACAAGGACAUCGAAGUUCUGCGCCUGCAGUUCAACGAGAUCAAUGCAAAGGGCCUCGCGGGCCUCGCGACCGCCGCGCCGAAGCUCCCCGCUCUGCGCCGUGUAGAAAUCAACGGAAACAAGUUCGACGAGGAGGACCCCAGCAUCGAGAAGCUGCGCGAGGUCCUCGACGCGCGGAAAGAAGAGUCGGGUGAGCGUGAAGAGGACGACGAGGAGUACUGGGGCAUUGACGAGCUGGACGAGCUGGAGAGCGAUGACGACGAGGAGGAGGAGGAGGACAGCGACGAUGAGGCCAAGAAGGGCAGCGACGACGAAGAGGAGGGUGUGGAGGUCGAGGAGCGUGCCGCCAGGCAGCUGGUCGAGGAUCAACGGACCGAGGACUCGAAUGUAGCGCAGGACAAGGACAAGAAGGUGGACGAUUUGGCUGAUGUCCUGGCCAAGACCGAGAUCAAGUAG